CGUGUUUAUUUUGUGUGAGAAGGGGAGGUUGUUUAUCCCUUCUUUUUUUUACUUCUUCUUUACUCUCAUUUUCUAUUUGCUACUUGCAACACUCGUAUGUGUGCGUGUGUAUGACGUUUGUGUUCCUCAUUUCUCUUUGGCACAUACACACGCUCGCAUUGAGUAGUCUUCAUCGACCAUUCCAGUUUUUUUAAAACCUUUAUUUUAUUUUUGCGCUCCUUUUUUCCUUUAGCCUGGUUUUUUAUCAACAGUUACAAUUAUUAUUGCACCAGUCUCAAGCUUUUUAUAUUUUCGUAUUCCCUUUUUUUUUUCCCUCCACACUUUUCCUAUCUUUUCGCCGUUUUUUUCUUUUAUUACUACUUUAUUUCAUAACUCGUCUCUAUAUCUUUUUAUUCGUCGUUGCUGACGCCUCAUCACACACCGUAAACCCAACCUCAAAUCUACCCCGCUUUUGAGUAAAUGAGUUCGACUCCCCCCAAACAUUCCUUAUCAUCCCCCACAUCAGGUCAUGCCUUGGGCGUGCCUGUAUUACCCACACCGUCAUCCUCGACUUCCAAUCGCACCGCGCUUCAGCAACUCAGAGGAGAGCUUGAACAGCAGCUCGUCGAAAAGGAAAAACAACUGCAGGAAUCGCAAAGCGGAAUUGGAAAAAACGUGCUGGCCAGACAAAUCAGUCAGAUUCAGGAAAGGUUGCGAGAAAUGGACCUACAAAAACAGGAUCAACAAGACGAUUUGCCACCCGCGACCCUGGAAAAACUGCGUAAUCUCGAACGCGAUCUAAGUGCUUAUCGCGGUUAUCCACUGUCUCCCGGAUUGUCAGGUCACCGUAAAGAAAAAUUACUUGGUCAGCGAUCUACGGGAUUAGAUGGGUUACCAAGCCCCUCCGCCUCCACGCUCAUGCUCCCAUCUCACGGUCAUGAUUCAAGUUCAUUACUGCCGUUGCCACCGCCACCUACCGGUUCUACACCGACCAAACGACGAUCCAAAGUCCCCAACACCGAUCGCAGAAACACCGAUAUUGAAUUUGCCACCGAAAUCGGUCAAGGGUUGCUCGUCGAGGUACGCAAAAUGCAAGCUCUAUUGCAGGAGAAAGAAGAACAACUUCGUGCUCUCGAGAUUCAGAAAGCCGAUCUUGAACGCGCUGCCGAAGCCAUGGCAAAACAGCUCAGACAACGUGAGGAAAAUGAAGAGAAAUUAAAGGAAGAGACGUGGAAUCUGGAGCUGGCCAAACAAGAACUGACGAUCAGUGUCACCGAACUGCAACAGAACCUGAACAAAGCUCACACGGAGCAAAACAAGGUGGUGAAGCAACUGAACGAGUUGAGGACAGAAAUUGAGCAGCUUCGAGAUCGCGAGGAAAAAUUGACGAUGGCCAUGGAUAACAUGAAACAGCGUCAUGAGCAAGAUAUGUCGGCGAUUCGACGCCAUGCUGCGGGCCUUCAACGUGAAAAGGCCGAUCAGAGUAAACAGAUCGAAGCCUUGACCUCGGAACUAGCCAUUGCCAAAGCCCAAUCACGCAUUGCCAAACAUGCGCACGCCGAGACCGAACCUUCAGAGAAAUCCGAUUCCAACCAUGGCACCUCGGAUGAAAGUUCGACCGUCAAAAACGAUUCAGCCCAUCAAUCGUCCCCUCCCCCUUCACCCAAGCAGAAACCCACACGCAACCAAGCACUGGAAGUGGAAACGCUGAAAACGUCCUUGGCGCACGCCCAUCGCAUGGUGUCCAACCUCCGAUCCAAUCUGCACAAGGAGAAAACAGAAAAGUUUGAGUUGAAAAAGUUGCUUGCGGAAUCCCAAGAGACCAUUGAACAGCUUCAAAACGAUCCUCGCAUGUGGAUUGACGCCGGUCAGCGCAACGCGGCCAAGGAAGACGCCACCGCCGCAGGGCAACGCCGAUCACGUAAACCGAAACGCCGCACGCCGGCAAGACGAGCACGUGCAUUGAGUCGUACUCACCGUGGCGAGGACGAUUACUCCGAAGCCGAGAAUCGACGUAAACGCAAGAAUUCCCAGUACGAAGACGACGAUGUGUACUCUUACUCGUCCAUGAGCUCGCCCGAAGAAAGCGAUGUCAGCGAAGAUAGUGAUCAUGAAAUGGAAAAACGUGUCACCAUCGCCCCGCGAUUUACAUCCUUGUCGUCGGAAUUGAGCCAGAGCCAAAUUAAGCAACCGGUCGUUGUGGACGCCCAGGUCAACACGGACCCUGUGGAAAUCACGCCUUUACCCGUUCCAACCUCGAUUCCACGUUCACUAGGCGACGAGCUUACCAGUGCCGAUGCAAAAUCCUCACUACUGGAAGAUGUCAACAGUGCACCAGAGACGAUUGAGCCAGGAUCUGACGUGUCGACGCAAACCGAACCUGAACCUGUGCCCGUGGUAAUGACCGAUUCUCGCGCCAUUCAAACCGAUAGUGAGCCCUCUAAACCAUUCGAAAUGGUGACCAUGGAUGCCAUGCAAGCCGCUCCCGUGGAACGUCCCAGCGUCGAUGCCUAUGUCCAAAGUGUCACGCCAGAUGCAAUGGAGCGCGGCGUUCAAUCGGUUCCUGUCCCUACGACCGAUGCGGAAACUCAGAGUGUAGCGGUCGUGACUUUAAAUGCAGAAGUCCAAAGUGUGCCGGCUGUGACCUCGGAUGCAGGUAUCCAGUCGGAUACCAUGGAAAUGGUGCAUGUGGCAACGCAGAUGGAUCCUGUUACUUUUGAAGAUCAGAGCACCCAAUACGAAAGCCUACCCGGUAUCGAUCACGGUGUCCAAUCCGAGCAGGUGGCAUCGAUGCAUGUGGGUGUGCAAAGCGAAGCGGACGAUACGACCUCCAAUGCCUUGGAAAAUAUCGGUGUGGCGUUGGCCGACGUUUCGACCGCCGUGACAGUGGAUGCGAGUGUACAACAUGAUCUCAUCACACCCGUCAAGGACGCUGAAACGCAAUCACAGGCCGUACAAGUGACUGAUGCAGCUGUGCAGCAUGCCAUUGUCGAAGAGAAGCCCGAAAUGUGCGACGCUGAAGUUCAGCACUGGCCCCUGACACCUCCCUUGUCCGAGGUGAACCUUGAGCAAGGCUGGAUAGUGAAUGCAUGCGAAACCGUGGAUGCGGGUGUGCAACCGGAAACCGAGCCGGGCAUGGAUGUGGCCGUCCAAUACGAUCCCGUGCAAACGCACGAUAUCGAUGUGCAGUACGAACCCAUCCAGACACACGAUGCCCACGUUCAGCACGAUCCUCUGGAAACGCACGAUGCCGACGUGCAGUAUGAUCCCGUCGAAACGCAGGAUGCCCACGUUCAACACGAUCUUAUCGAUACCCAUGACGCCUACGUCCAGCACGAGCCUAUCGAAACACAUGAUGUCCAUGUGCAGCACGAGCCCGUCGAGACGCAUGAUGCCCACGUUCAACAAGAACCCGUCGAGACCCACGAUGUCCACGUCCAAUACGAACCUGUCCCUUUUGAAUGGACGCAAACCACCCUUGAACAAGGAUGGCUGUGUAAGGAACGAGAGGCCCAGGAUGUCGGUACACAAUCGGACGUUUCGGCGUUUGAUAAGCAAGACCAAGAACGCGUGUUUGUGGAUGCUGCUGUGCAGCAUGUUGACCAGGCUGAAACCCGUGACGCUGUGCCUCUUGCAUUCCCUGCCACGGCUGAGUCGACGGUAACAUCACGUGAAACGAAGGAGGCCGUUGCGUCUCAUGACAACCAGCCACAUAGGGCUGAUGCUAUCGGUACUCGAACAGCGGUUGCUGCUGCUGCUGGUGUGGCAGGAUCCUCCGCUCUCACAGCUCACAAUGAAUCUACCCACGCAUCUUCUUCUCAUGAAGAUCGAAUUGCUGCGGUUGAAUCGGUGACCAACAGCCCGACGAUUUCUUCGCAAGCGGACGAAACCGUUCAACAAGAAGGGAUGGUCCACCGAGACAUUGGCUGCGAUGGAUCGGUACGUACACGCGAAAUGCUACCGGAACGCCCAACCAUGGCUGCACAUGCUGUGAGUGAACCUGCGCGCCCGGACGGUUAUCGUCAAGCAAGUCACGAUCAACGCGCCUCGACCGAUCUGUGCAGUCUUUCGACCGCUUCGCAGAGCAAUUACGAUCACCGUCCUUCAAUUUCAUCGUCUCAGCUUGAUGCGGUGACCCGUGGACCCGGUGGUGGAGCAGACCCUCACGUCAUCUCCUUGAUUACGCAGACCAUGAUUGGCGAUUGGCUGUACAAGUACACCCGACGAGCGGUCGGCAAUGGCAUGUCUGAGAAGCGCCACAAACGGUUCUUUUGGAUUCACCCUUACACUCGCACCCUGUACUGGGGUCCGCGAGCUCCUGGUGUCGAUGGAGGCGAAUCCAAAGCCAAGAGCGCUUUCAUCGAAGGUGUGUCUGUGGUGCCUGAUUACACCCAAACGCCCCCCGGUUUGCCGAAUGUGAGCUUGCUUGUCCAAACAAGUACACGUCAAAUUAAAUUGACUGCACCCACAAUGGCGCGUCACGAAAUGUGGUAUGAGUCUCUUUCGUAUUUGCUUGAACGAGCCAAGGGAGAAUCAUCCGCGACGGUAUCCGAAACGAAGCGCGGUGUCGAACCUCGUAGCGUAGCACGAUCGUUAUCUAGUUCAUUGUACCGAAAACCGAGCUUACAACGGCUUCAUCAUCUUUUCCAUUCCAGCAGCGGAACGGUGCGUACGUCACUAUCCGGUUCCGUGGACCACUUCCACGAUGAAGAUUUGGAUGACGAAGCACUGGAAGACGUCCGCAUGUGCUGCAAUGGCAAGCACCACGUAUCGAAGCUUGAGAAAGAUGCCAGUUUACGUCCCACGUACCGCAAACGCAAGAGUCGUCCCAGUACCCUCAGCCAAACCCAAAGCCAAGCCGGCAGUCAAGUUGGAAGUCAAUAAUUGACGCCCAUUCUUUUACUCUUUUUUCUUUCCAUUUGUCAAUUAGCAUGUGUUUUUCUUUUUUUUACUUCUGCAAGUGCUUACUGUAUAUUUCUCAAUCGGCAUCUCCUUUUAACUAUAUCGUGCAUCCAUUAUUUCAUCAGCCAAAAAAGAAGGUUCCUUCUCUCUGAGAAGACUUGUGAACUGAUCCUCACUCACCGGCUGGAGACUCGACACUAUCAACCCCCCUUUUUUUUAUGUAAGAAAAUCCUCUAAAAAACCAAAUAUCCCGUCUAAAGUCUUCUAAAAAAAAUACCUUUCCUUUCCUUUUUAUUCCUUCCUUCCUUUCUAUUUAAUUUUUUUAUUUUGUUAUUAUGAACACUCUCUUGCCAAGACCUAAUAAAAAAAAGGAGAAAUAUCCACA